CACAAAAAUUCGAGUUCUGAUCUGGUUAAAAUUGAAAAUAUUGCCUCAAAAACUUGAAAAAGCUUGUAUUUCGCAGUUGCAACUCAUUUUAAAAAAUGAUAUAAGGUGCUAUACGCAAAAGAAAAUACAAACAUCUAAGUAAACAUUCGAGACAACUGAUAAAGAUUCAAGCGCAAUAAUGGAAGAACCAGUAGUCGAAGCAAUUAAUCCAGAAAAUAAUCACUUACCAAAUGAGCCGAUUGUUAAUAAUAGGCCGCGUGCUAACAAUGUGAAUGCGAAUGUUAACAAUAACAACGCAAAUCAACAGCAGCCUAACCAACUUGUGAAUAUCCGAGACCGUCUUUUUCAUGCGCUUUUCUUCAGGUCAGCUCUUUGGUACAGCCAGUCAGUUCCGCCAACAAUAAGACGAAUGAUUGAAAUGAUUAUGCUUACAAAAGCUCUCACUGCAUUCUUCAUACUAGUUUAUAUUCACAUAAGUUAUUCACAAACACCUGCAACAUGUUUAGAACAUUUGAAAACAGAGGGAUGGCCUAAAGAUGGAAUAUUACGUGUUGAAAUAUUGCGACCAGGAGAAGUGAAAGUUACUUUAAAAGAAGGUGCAGAAGAUAUGUCAGAAGAGUUGACAACAUUGAGGAUAAACCAUAAAGGUGGUAUGAUUAGUAUAGAUCCUUCUACGACACUGCCCCAUGAAGAGAAUUCCGAUGAUUCAACUUAUAAUAAACAAUACGAGAGUGAUAAAAUACAAUCAGAACAUGCUGAAGUAAAUCAAACGAAUUCGAACGAAAUGACAUUAACAGAUGAUUAUAGAAAUAUCAAAGUAAACGCUAGUGAUACAAUUGAAAUUGAUAUUUCUGAAAGUGUUAGCAGCACAAUUCAAGUUGAAACUACGACAUUUAAUAUUGACUCUAUAUCAAUAACAGAUUCAGAGAUGAACACUAGAGAGAGCUACUCCAAUGAGAGUAUUGCAAAGAUAAAUGAACAGCAAAGUGAACAAGUGUUAAAGACUAAUAUCCCUGAAGUAGGAAAACUGAUGAAUGCAGUCUUUCCUGAUGAUCAAUAUGCCGUCGAAUAGAUAUUCCCAGAAUUAAAUCCGUUUUCUAUACUAGAUUCACUUGAAUAUGGAUUUCUUCGAUUGUCAGCGGCAACAAGACAAAGGCUGAAUAUUCCUGUUAAAGUAGUCACACUGGAUCCUCAAACUGAUAAAUGCUUUGGAGACUCUUUUAGUCGUUUUAUUUUACACGAAUUUCUCGGUUAUGAUGAUUUACUUAUGGCUAGUGUUAAAGUUUUAGCUGAACAAGAAGACAACAAGGGUUAUUUGCGUAAUGUAAUUACUGGUGAACAUUAUAGAUUCGUUUCAAUGUGGUGGAUGCAGAGAGGCAGCUACCUCAUGUCUUUCUUCAUAAUGAUACUUUUCACGAUUUCAAUUUCAAUGCUUCUUCGAUAUUCGCACCAUCAGAUCUUCGUAUUUAUAGUUGAUCUGCUUCAAAUGCUCGAAUUCAAUGUGGCUGUACGGUUUCCGAUUGCUCCAUUAUUGACGGUCAUCCUAGCUUUAGUUGGCAUGGAAGCAAUAAUGUCUGAAUUCUUCAACGAUACAACAACAGCAUUUUACAUCAUCUUAACAGUUUGGUUUGCGGAUCAAUAUGACGCAAUUUGUUGUCAUACAACGUUGACAAAAUGUCAUUGGCUUAGAUUCUUUUAUUUGUAUCACUUCUCAUUUUACGCAUAUCACUAUCGUUUCAAUGGUCAAUAUGGAUCGCUUGCACUUUUCACGUCUUGGCUGUUUAUUCAGCACUCAAUGAUUUACUUUUUUCAUCAUUACGAGCUCCCCGUCAUUGUUCAACAAGCGCAACUACAGCAAAUGUUUAUGCGUUCAACGCGAAAUAAUAAUAACAACCGACAAGCUGAUAACGGACGAGCGGCGACGGGCGGUGGGAAUCAACAAAUGAAUCAAGAAAACCUAGAAGCACCAACGGAAGCUCCAACUGCAAGAGUUCCAACUGAACGUCCGAUAAAUAAUGCCAAUAACAUAUUUGUCAUUCGUGGUACCUAUCGACGGCGUGUCAAUCAUCUGGUUGAACGGUUACGUAACAACUUCUACAAUAACAUUUUUGGCGUGGGCUUAAUAGCUGAUAACAACAACAACAACGCAAAUAAUAUACAAAACCAUGCAGGCUUGAAUAAUUUAACGCGAAGUCUACGCCUGCUGAACAUGAUUUUUCCUAAUCGUCCCUUAUUGAAUGUGAGAAUUAUCAACACCUUACAGAUGGGUUACGAAAGUCUUAGAGAUGCAGUAAAAUAUAUCACUUAA